CUGACAACAUCUUGUGCCUCGAUGGCCGACACCAGCCGCCGCGACCUUGUCCCUUUCGCGGUCGCUCGCCGUCCUCUCACUCCAAACAGCCUAUUUUCUCUCAUUUGUGACUACAAUUUCACUUCGGUCAAGCUUCUCAAGGUCAUGGUGGUCGGACCAAGGCCCAACCCUAGCACGCGAGUGGCUGGAACGGAUGGCGCAAAGUCUACGACCACGGACAUACCGUCCGUCCAGGCUUCUCAUCACAUAUGA